AAUCCAUAUGCCACCUAGUAUGACACACAUUCAUUAUAUGCGAUUUUAACUUUGAAAUCUUUUCAAUAUAAAAGUACAUUGAAUACUUCAAAAAAACCACAACAUGAAAUUAUUCGACAACUGACAAGAUGACAUUUUCGAUCGCUAUUAUAUUUGGAUUGGCGAUCUUUGCCUUUGGCAAUAAUAGGGCACUGGGUGGCAUUGAGAAUGAAACAGGAAGAUCUCAAGUUCCCGCCAUAAAAUUGGGGGAAGAUUUGAGUAAGUUUGAAGCUGAAAUAAACAAAUUCAAUAUCAUUUUGAAUAAUCUUAAAGAAGGUAACAAACGUAAAUGGCAAGGAUUUAUAAGUUUUAAUUUGCUCGAAGAUAACUUGAAAGAGUUUCGAGCAACAAAAACAAAAAUUUCGCUUUUAAAAAGAACUCAUAGAACCUAUCAAGAUUCGAUUAAUGGGGUUUAUGACAAAUUCAUAAAAGACCAUGCGAAAGAGAUAAAACAAAGAAAAAAAGCCGAAUUGUUAAAAGGUACUCGAAAUUUGUAUUCAAAACGCUUUCUGAGGGAUUGUUUGGUCAUAUCCAUAAUAAAUAUAAAAACGCACAAGGAAUUAGAAGAUCGAACUGCUUACGCAACAGAACUGACAGGUAUCCUAAAGAAUAAUGUAGACAUGAAAGCCAUCAUUGCAUUGGGCAAAAACAUAUUGGCCAUAGAUAGUGGAAAUGUGCCAGCAAUUCGCAAUCAUCUGGCCACUUUGAAAGGAUUAUCACAACAAGUGGCUAAAAUGCAAAAUGAAUUCGAAGGAACCUUACAGGAAUUGCUAGAUAAAAAGUAACAAGCGAAGAGCCGCAAAUAAUAACAUCUUCAGUAACUGUGUAGAUAGUACAUCUGUUUUGCCGAUGAUAAACUUAUUUACAAAAUUGGAUAUUCACAUUAAUUGAAGUAAAAAAUGUCAAGUUAACGCACCUAAUAAACCUAAUUCUCGUUAUAAUUUGAA